AAUAAUUCAUUUGUUGAGAAAUAGUUUUCAUUGGACUUGAGGCAAUAAAAUAUGUUUAUGUUUUUUAUUCUUGCGAAUGACUAUGUGUGAUUUUAUUUUAGAUUUCCUAAGUUGCUUAUUUUUAUGAUAGAUGGCAACUAAUGUUGACAUUAGUGACUCAAAGCUUUGGCCUGAUUUUGUAACUAAAGCUUUCAUUGACAUUAUGGUUGAUGAAGUUACAAAAGGAAAUAUGCCAAAUGGUGUGUUUCAUAAUAGAACAUGGACCUCAAUGACUACUAAGUUGAGUUCCAUAACUAAUCGAUCAUUUAAAGCCGGACAACUAAAGGCAAAAAUGCAUAGGUUGCGGGCCAUGUAUCGUGAGUUCUAUUCACUCUUGCAAAAUACCGGAUUUGGGUGGAAUGCAGAAACAAACACAGUUACUGCAAGUGAAGAGGUCUGGAGAAAUUAUCUUAAGGUACAUGAUAAAGCUUCUCAAUUUCAAAAGAAAGGGUGUGAUCAUUAUAAGUUGUUGGAAAUCAUAUUCAACAAAAAUAAUGCAACUGGAGUACUUCAUCAUUCAUCUACUCAAGACCCUCCAAAUACAGAUGAAGAAAAUGAGCUUGACAAUCAAUACCUUAACAAUGGGAGUGCGAGUCAUGUACGUGUUAAUGGUGAUAGUUCAGACGACGAUCUACAUGAAGUUGAGCACAUCACACGUAGUGGAAAGAGACAAUUUCAAGUACGAUCCAAGAAAGAGUCUACAUCACAUAUGAUGGGAGAGGCACUUUCGGCAUGGGCUAAAGCAUCUUUGGCAAAAGCUGAGAGGUAUAGGGAUAGGAGUGUGGAGGCUACUUCACGUGUAACAUCAGACUGCUCUCUUACUAAGUGUGUGACUGUUCUGGAUGAGAUGGAAGACAUUCCACAUGAUGCAUAUGGAAAAGCUUUGGAAAAGUUUAUGAAUCCUGAUUGGAGAGAAGUGUUCAUCGCCAUGUCUGUUGAGAGGAAACGUGGAUGGGUACUUAGACUUUAAGGAUAAAGUCUUACUUAAACUUAUGGUGAUAGUAAUGAGACAUACUUCUCUUAGUACUUUGUUUAUUAUUUUUAUGAUUGUGUAUUUUGUUCUGUUUGCUGACAAUUGUUUGUGUUUUUAUGCAUUAUUUUGAAUUUUAUAGUUAUGUUAUAAAACCUUUUUAUUGAAUGUACCAUUCUUAAAGUUUUGUUAUUAAAUUGUAUGACAGGUUCUAA